AUAUUCUUUAAACCUUAUAUACCAAGGCGUCCUUUUCGUAUGCAUUUAUGACGAUCACGUUAUCGAGGAUAACAGACGCUUCGGUAAGCGACUGCGAAAUUUCGAUUACAGGACCGCGCCGAAUAUUCGACGUACUUUGCAUCGAUAUGUAUAACAUCACGAAUCCGUAACAGUAUUGCUUAAGUUCGAUCGAUGAAAGCCCGUAAGAAAGUCUAUUGUAAUUCGUGGAUGGUCGCGACCCGAUUGUAUUUAUACAUGUGCUGGUAUGGCCGUAGACUUAGUCGGCGCGGACUUGUCCAUCCUUAAACAAAUUAGUUCCUUGAGUUGUUCAGUCUAAUUCAAUGUCGAGGCCCCGUGGGAAAUAGCGCAGUUUUUUGAAGAAGACAACUGGAUUGCCUUAGUGCAGUGUUAAGUGCGAGAAGAAUAUUAUACGGACUUGGAAAUGCGGCUGUUUUCGGUCAUCUAUGUUCUCGUACUGGUGCCUUUGCUGACCCAAGCUAAGCAGAAAGCCGAAGUUCAAAAGUCAGAUGUCACGAAGCUGGAAGUGGCAAACCUCGGCGAAGUUGUAAUUAAACCCGAUUUCAAGAAAUCUGACAUUCAACGCAAACGAGACUCCGGAUACGCUUACAACAGGCCGAAUCGCGUUUCUUCAAACGCUCGCUUUCGCAUCCAAGCGCAUCCAUUUAGAGAUCAAAUUCCACUCAAAGUUCCUGGCCAGUUAAGCGUACCAUUUACGAAAUAUGGACCUCCAACUCAUUCGACUUUCGAUCCGGCCACACACAGAUAUCGUGCUCAGCAACAUCGAAACAAAUUGCAGUACAACGCCAAUCAACAGCAAUUGAUCGGUGGAACAGGACUGGCGGAACAAGGAAUACCGAGCCCGAUUAGAAACGUCGAUUUCGCGGAAGAGAAUCCGAUUGCCAGUCAGAAUAACGAGCCGUUCGGCAUGCACACCGCUAAUUAUUUACCGCCGAAAAAUCAAGAACUACCGGCUUAUUCUUUGACAGACAAUUUCGAGCCGCAAAACGUUCCGGGUCAAUUUCACGGUACAGGCUCACAGAGCCAAAACUUAGUGCAGGCUCAGAAUCAUCAGAUUUCCGACGCCGCCUUCUUCCUGUCCGAGAACGCGCAGGCGAUUCAACAACUUUACGGCACGCCCGCGAGCAGUCAAGACUUCGCGCCUAGCAACAAUCAAUUUCAAGAUGUCAGUAAUCAGCUCCAUAAUCCGAACGGUCGAUUCGAGAGUGUCUCGCAGAACGCUGUGGGAUUUCAUGGCGCAUUACCGUCAUACGCGUCAGGAACGCUUGAUUCUCGAGAGACUCUAGAGCAAAUUCAGUCUCUAGAGAAAGAUCGGUUGAUCGUCCAAUUGCAGCAGGCUCUCACCCAGGCUCAGACUAAUCCGAGAGCAAACGCGGCAGGGAGGUAUGCUCAGAAUCAAGCGAGUUUCGUUCAGAAUCAGGAGCUUCUGGCCGCUAUAAGUCAGCAAGUGAACUCACGUGUUUCCACGACGCCGCAACCUGCGGCUUUUGGCUCUGGAAACAUCGCGUUUAGUCAGUCUGCCUUUCUACCAGGGACCACGGUCAAUCCCUUGGGAUUCCCCGUUAAUUACGGUGUUCCAACAACCACGCAAACUCCGACUACAACUACUACGGUAGCGGCAACGGGAGUUUUUACUACGCAAUCCCCAUUACAACCGUCUAAGGGCGAUGGUACUGCUCAAAUAGUGUCUUCACAAUCCGUAUCUAACCAGCCUGGUUCCUCCGCGACUGGAUCUCCCGCGGGAAUCCCCGUUUACGGUGGAUUCGUGCCGACCUUCAUCACCGGGACCAAUUUGAUUCCCAGUUACGGUAGCAGCAUCUUUACAUCCGGAUCUGUUAGACCUGUGCAAUCUACCGAUACGUCGCCCACUCAUUUCGGAAUACCGAUUCCCACGGAACCGUCGCAGAAACCGGCAUCGGGUUCGGCGCCUUCAACCCCAGCGACGGCGACACCACCUCUCUCGUCCGUCUCACCAGGCAAUCGACCGGGGGUCGCUUUGACACCGGCGGCAAUCACACCAGUGGCUCUGCCAAUUCAACCAAUACGACCUGUUGCUCCCCUCGCGACGCCGGUACAUCCGAUCACCGCUCCCUUGCUGCCGGCGCAUCCCGCCCAAGUGCAUCCGGCACAGACCACCCCGGCCGUAACGUCCGUUCAGCACACCUAUGGCGUACAGACCGCAUUGAUCAAUCCUGUUCUCUAUAAACCGGUUAAAACGGUCUAUCCGGUGUACUACUAUCCCGUGGAUGUUGCCUACCAGUUGCAGAAGCCUGCAUCACCGAGUUACCCGUGGAAUUACGCGCCUUCGUAUACGACGCAGACGGGACCGGCAAAAAUAUGGAAAUGAGGUGUUCCUGUUUUAUGCAUAAAUAGAUCGCAAGUCGAUCCCCGCGAUAUUAUUGCCGCAACCGUCAACCCGCGUGGAAAAAGAGAGAGGGAGAGAUUGAAGAAGAAAGUAUGGCGAAAGAGAGUGAUCGCAAUCGCGUGAUUUUGAUGUGCUAAUGAUAUCGCGCUACAUCGUCUGCUAAACUUUUUUUGCGUAAACGAUUUCAUUUUCUUCUUUCAAUAAGAGAGAUUCAGGCUGACAAGAACAAUUGCUCUCUGCAAAUCAAUCGUUUCGAUAGGAAGUUUCAUUUGUCUCUCGACUUGGAAUAGCUCUGAGUUGCACGUUGAAUUGCAUUGUCAUAAAUAUUGUGUCAGCAUAAUUUGACUUAAAUUUAUAUUUUAUGUUUAUCUACUAGAAUUCUGCAGAUUAUAGCAGACUGUUAAUUCUUGCUUAAUCAUCCAAAAAAAUUACAUGGAAUUAAAUUGGCAGAAGUUAUAUACAAUUUCAAUAGAUGUAUUAUAACGUUUGGAAUUUCAUUAUAAUUUUGUGUUUAUGUGCAUUACUGUCAUGUGCACUGAAAUUUUAUACGUAUUGCUACAGUAAACAAAUUCGAAUAAUGCACAUGAUUCUGAUCUACCUGAUACAUUCUAUACUUUAGAAUGUAUUAUAAAUUUUAGAAAACAAGAAGGUUAUUUUUCUGCUUUUCUAUUUUGUCGUACAGCGUUUAAUAUACUCAUCUUAAGUUUCUCGCCAUUGAAGAAUAACUACGAUGAUUGUUCAAUACACGCCUUCAUGCCACACAUCCGCUACACCAUCUGUCAUUGCGCAUCCGUUGAUUUCGAAAUUCAUCGUCGAGAAAGUGACAUUAUGCAGGUGAUAAUUAGCACAGUUGUCUCACCGGAAUUAGGAUACCGUGGCAAGAAUGUCAAGCGAAUGUUUCUAAGCGUCACUCGUCGUUUCUAAUUGCUGAUCACGCUUAAAAGGAAUUUCACUAUUCGUACGAGUGUAUUUAUAAAAGAGGAACAUUUAUUUUUAUAUAGGACUCUUUUUUAAAGAAAACGUUCCUUUUACUUUUUCCUCAUUUUUGAAUUGUAUAACUGUGUAUGUAUACGUGUGUCCAUGUGCGUGUGUGCAUAAUUAUAUACAUAUAUAUAUAUAUAUAUUAUAAUGUAUGUAUAUAUAUUAUAAAAAAAUUGUUUAUCAAUUUAAUGAUAUUAGUAUAAAUGAUGAUUGCGAUAUUUCGCGUGUGCUUCUUCUGCCAUCUCCGAAACACUUAUCUUCGAGCAUAUGUAAAUACAUGUUCUAUUUAUUUUGCCAAAUAAAUAUUUUUUUACUUUGAAAGAUGGUGAUAUCGCUUCGUUCUUAAUUUGAUGUUAAUAAUUUAUCUGUUUUUAACAAAUGAAUAA